UUUACAUUUAUGCUACAUGUUACUACAACCUUAAAAGGUCUCGGCCUGCCAUUUCUGGCUUUCUGUGACUUAAUUUUACCCGUGGUGGUGGUCUGGAUGAGAUUUGAACCCCGGCCCUGCCGAGUAAAGACCGGCGCCAUGUUUGAAAUGGUACAGAGUAACAGGUAACGCCGUCAAUAACGUACCAGCUGGGGAAAAACAAACGGUCGGUGGCAUUGAUUGUCAAUAGCUACUACCAACAUCCUCCUACAGGGCGUCGCACAGAUCGUGACAAAGCACGUGAUGAUAGGACGGAAAUUAAACGCUAUAUUGAACGACAAUGUCCCAAGAUGGGUGUGCGUUCGGUCGAACGGUGAUGCGUGCGUUGUGAUGAUCAGCGACGCUCCAUUAACCACCGUCUGUGUGUGUGAGUGACGGUAUUGGGCUAUUUUUAUGCUACUAUGGGAAAUAAGAAUAAUCGAGCAUGUGUACACAACUACGAAACAAACCUUGAAGCAUAAUCGAAAACAUCGUCGUGUGGGCUAUGCACAACAGCUCAGCGCACUUGAAGCCGUCCAUUUGCGUGUAGUGGAACGCACUCGACCGCGACACAUCGAUCGCGGUGGUUGUUGUUCAAUCGGUAACGGGCGAUGGUUGCACCGGCAGUGACUUUGUCGAACGCUAUUAAACCGAACGUUGGCACCCGCAGUGGCACCAAUCUCGGUGCUGUCACCAAUACACCCGUCGGCCGGUGAUAAUUGCCGGUGACCAAAGUCAUCUGAUAAGAUAUAUUUGACCGGGCCUUGGAAUCGCUUGCAUUGCGUGACUUUGCCGGCUUUAUUACAGUUUUUUCGGCCGCAAAGUAUCUUCCAGUGUGCGUGUGAAGCGUUCCCGACGGCUCACAGAACUCCCCGAUUGUUAACGCCGUGAAGCAAAUGCGUUGAGCAGACGGUUUGGUGGAAAAGUAUAUCAAAAACCGUGCACUAAUUGGUGUCGUUAGGUGGAGCCAACUUUGGAACUCUGGUGGAGUAUGACGAUACGAUGGAUUCUGUUGGUGGUUUGGGCGGCUCUGCUAGUGUGCAGCGUGCGUGCUGAAAACAUUCUGUUCCUGCAGACUACACCCUCGAAAAGUCAUCACAUCUGGAACAGACAGAUAUUUGAGCGUUUGUACGAAAAUGGCCACAAUCUGACGAUUUUGUCGUUUGAAAAAGAACCGUCCGUGCCGGGAAAAACGUUUCUGGUGAUGGAUAAGUUCUACGAGAAGCUGAUGGCGGCAUUUACGGACGGUAGUACGACGGACUAUUCGUCCUACGAAAAUGCGUUCGCAAACAUUAUGAACGUGUAUCAGUAUUACACGGUGUCCAGCGGUAUACUGGAGGACGAGCCCGCUAUCAAACAAUUGCUGGACUAUCCAAGAACCUUCCGGUUUGAUCUAGUGAUACACGACUUCACAAUGGGCCAAUUUUUACUCGGCUUUCUGGAACACUUUAACCACCCACCGCUGGUCUCGAUCUCGCCGUACAACAUUCCGUCGUACACCCAGUACCUAGCGGACAUACCGCUUUACACAACCUACCUGCCUCAUCCGGCGUCAAGCUUCAAUUCCCAGAUGAGCUUCAUGGAGCGGGUCAGAAAUACGCUUUACUGGUGGUUCGAAAUGCUGUACCGGCAACAGGUGUACAUGCCGAAGGAGCAGGAGCGAAUGAAGCGCGUAUUCGAAGGCAUCAGCCCACCACACGUCAAGCUGCUGGAACGGCGAUCCGAGCUGGUGCUCGUAAACAGUGAUCCGGCUCUCGAUUUUUAUCAGCUGCUGCCACCAAACGUGGUGCAAGUGGGCGGAUUGCAUAUCAAGCGAACCGAGGAGAUGCCGGCAAUGAUGCAACAAUUCAUUGCACGGGCAGGUAAAGGCGUGGUGCUGUUUAGCUUCGGAACAAACGUGCAGAGCGAGAUGCUGGGUCCGGAAGUGAACCGGCAGCUGUUGGAACUGUUCCGCAGCAUGCCCGACUAUGGGUUCAUCUGGAAGCACGCCAAUGCGGACAAGCUGGUGAUGCCUCCGAACGUGCUAAUGACUGCGUGGGUUCCACAGUCGGCAGUACUGGCAAACAGCCGCACGAAGCUGUUGAUUAGUCAUGGCGGACUCCUCAGCCUACAGGAAGCGGCCUGGAACGGUGUCCCCGUAAUCGGUGUGCCCUUCUUUGCCGAUCAGUUUUCGAACGUGCGCCGUAUCGAAGUGGCAGGCAUCGGUAUCGGGAUAUCGUCCACGAACCUGAACGCAAACACACUGAAAGAAGCGAUGGAUAAAAUUUUGAGUGAUAGCAGCUAUCGAACGCGUGCCAAGGAACUAUCGUACCGUUUCCGCACUCAACCCGAACCUCCGCUGGAUCGUGCGAUCUUUUGGAUCGAGAAAGUGAUCGCCAAUAAGGGACUGCGGUAUCUGCGUUCGCCGACGCGCAGUAUGGCACCGUAUCAGGUGUACGGGCUAGACAUGGUCGCCGUAGUACUGUUGAUCGUGCUGGGAUAUUAUCUUAUCUUUAAGCGACACUCCAAACCCGCCGGUGAACCGGGCACGAAAACUAAAACCGAGUAGAGCCCACCUUGGAGCGGAAUUCUCUAGAGCCAAGACACCUUCACCGUUGGCACCAAUGACAGCAACAAUACAGUGGGAGGUAGCAGUUA